ACGAACUACAUAAAAUCGAAAAUGUACCCGUUUGAUGUCACAAUAUCUUUAAAAACGUUUCUUUACCUGUAUGUUAAUAUAUAUACCACUGGAGAUACUUCCUCGACUAAAGUAGCCCCAUGGAUGGCAACUAUUUCUACAUCUCAUCCACCAUUCUCUGAAGAGUUUAUGGAUGAUAAUUUAACUUACAUUUUUGGAUGCCCAAGUAUUAUAAUUGAUCGACAAGCAGCACUAACAUCUUUCGAGUGUUACAACAGUCAUUUUGAUAAUUUACCUACAUAUAUCAACUUUCACCAAUCCAAAUAUAGUGUUACUGAAGUGCAAGUCAAUAACAUUCCAUUAAGUAAAAUUAUUAACGAUAAUUUGGUACUUCUUAUUUCCUCUGAUGAAAUAUUUAGUUUCGGAGUUUCCGAUAUCAUAUCCUUCCCAAUGAACAAAGAUGAAAUAAAUUGGAAUAGUUGCAAAUUGAUUCAGUAUCCUCAGGAUUUACGAAAUUCAAUAUUCAAUUUUUUUAAUAUUGAUUUCGUUCAAUCUAAUAAAUGUAAACAAUACAUCAGUAAAGCAAAUCAAUAUGCCGUAAAUCAGAAUAUAUCUUGGAGCUCUAAUUUGUUGUGUAGUACUUUAAUCAGUAAAGAUAAAUGUCUCAAAAUGAGACGAUAUUCACCAGUUGUUUGUCAAGUCAACAAUAAUACCACAACAAAACAUGAGAUCUUAGCAUUCUCAUCCAGAAGAAUGUUGAUCACAGAUACGCAAUGUUUUGUGUUAUUCUUAAGUGUUCUUUCUGAGUCUGAUUGGUUACAUCGUGAAAUAGCAAAACUAACAUGGGAAAGAUUUUCAAGAUACAUAUCUCAAGAAAAAGAAUCACCCAAUCCCAAAAUCUUGAGAACAGAAUGUAACUGUUAGUUGAUGAUGAACUUUGACUCUAGAUACAGCCUUAGGUAUAAGGCUGAAUAAUUGACGUAUUUCUUGCCCAUCUUACAAUUUACCCUAUCUACGGAGCUUAUUGAA